ACAGUACAGAUUAAAGAGCAAGAACACUUUACAAACUAUGGUCUGCUGAUUGAAAACCCAGUUAACAAAGAUGAUGAGUGCUUUGGGAGGACAAUUAGUCAUUCUUCCAAGCUUUCUGUGUGUGUUCCUUGUCUUACUCCUCAUCAAGAUCUUUCAUAAGCUAUGGUGGACUCCGACUCGAUUGCAGAAGCUGAUGGCUUUGCAGGGGAUCACAGGCCCUCCUUACAGACUUAUCCAUGGAAACACGAAAGAAAUCACCGACAUGAUCAAGGAAGCAAUGAGCAGGCCGAAAAAUUUAUCACACGACGUAUUUUCUGUAGUUCAACCUCACAUUCACUCUUGGACUCAGAUAUACGGUAAGAAUUAUCUUCAAUGGCAUGGUUCUAAGGCUCAGUUGAUCGUUACGGACCCUGAAUUAUGCAAAGAGAUAUUGAACAACAAAGAUAGAGCUUAUCCGAAAAUAGAGACCCCUUACUUUGACAAGAAGCUAUUCGGAGAUGGCCUUCUGACAACAACUAAACCUGAAAAUUGGGCGAAAUUGCGAAAGCUGGCUACCCAUGCUUUCCAUGGAGAGAGCUUAAAAAGUAUGACUCCAGCAAUGGUAGCUAGUACUGAGACAAUGCUGGAGAAGUGGAAAAGUUAUGAAGGAAAAGAGAUUGAGGUUUUUCAAGAGUUUAGGUUGUUCAGUUCGGAAGUGAUCUCCAGAACAGCAUUCGGCAGCAAUUAUAUCGAAGGAAAGACCAUUUUCGAGACGCUGGCGAAGUUAGGCGUCUUAGUGUUCAAAAAUUCUCUCACAAUCAGGGUUCCCGUAUUCAGUAAGUUUUUCAAAACCAGUGAUGAGAUCGAAGCAGACAAGCUAGAGAAAGGACUGCGCGUCUCCAUAAUGGAGAUUGUUAAGAGAAGAGAAGAGAAGGCAGCUUUGGGAGUGAUUUUCUUGGAUUACUUUUAAAGGCUUAUCAUGAUACGAAUGACGACCAGAGGAUAUCGGCGGAUGAAUUAUUUGAACUAUGCAAGGAGUUUUACCUUGUUGCACAAGAAACCACUAAUGCUUUGCUUGCUUGGACUGUCUUUCUUUUGGCGCUCCACACGGAUUGGCAAGAAGAAGUGAGAAAGGAGGUUGUGGAUUUAUUUGGCAAACACACUCCGAAUGCUGAUGGAAUUGCCAAACUGAAAACGAUGAGUAUGGUGAUCAAUGAGUCUCUAAGGUUAUAUUCUCCUGUUGCUACUAUUAUAAGGAAAACCGAAAGGGAAGUUGAACUUGGAAAAGUCAUUGUGCCCGCAAAUCUCGAACUGAUUGUCCCAAAUCUAGCACUUCACCAUGAUCCUCAAAUAUGGGGAGAAGACCUGCAACUUUUCAAACCCGAGAGAUUCUCUGAAGGGGUUGCUAAAGCAACUGACAACAAUGUAGGCGCUUUCAUACCGUUUGGAUUGGGUCUUCGAAGCUGCGUGGGCAUGAAUUUUACAAAUAUAGAAGCAAAGAUUGCUUUGUCAAUGAUUCUACAGCGAUACUCCUUCACCCUUUCCCCGGGUUAUGUCCACCUACCCUUUCAUUAUCUUACAGUCCGUCCGAAACGUGGAAUUCAGGUAAUGCUACACUCACUUUGAACUCCGAAGACCAGAAUUGCCAAAUAUCUUGCACUUGGUUGGUAGUAUGGAGUACCUAGAAAUUGUAGCCUUAUGAUAUGUGUUGACGUCAGUCUUUAUUAUAAAUAUUCUAGGAGAAUAUUUGGUAAGAUUAGGAUUUGUAAUUGAUAGUAGUCCUUUGUAAUUAGUUUCCUUAUCUUUUCUAAUUAGUUUCCUUAUGAAAUACGGUAUGUGUGCCUAUAUAUUGUAAACCCUUCAAAUAUUCAGCCAUACACGUUUCUAUUAUAUGAUGGCUUAAGCUAUAAGCAGUUUUUUUU